AUGUUUCCAGAGCAGAGAUCACAUGCUAAGCUCAUUGUCUUAAGGUCCAUCGAAACACCCUUGAACCAGAAGCGGCAGCUCCUCAUCAAGUUCCAGAGUAACCAAUGGCUUGGUGACGUCGUCCACUUGUCGGCAGUCGACUUCCUAUCGGCCCCUGCCGCAAUAAACUACGCCAAUGUCAUGGGACUUCAAGAUGAUACUGGUAUCACGGGCAACCAAUUCUCGCAGCUGGCUCUCGUCUUCUACGUGACAUAUCUAGCCUUCGAGUUCCCUACGGGCUAUCUUAUGCAACGCCUGCCUACAGCAAAAUAUCUCGGAGCGAAUGUGGCACUCUGGGGCCUCAUGGUAGCUCUCACGGCAGCCGCCAAGAACUGGGCAGCCCUUGUCUCCUUGCGAGUGCUCCUUGGCUGCUUCGAGUCUGCCGUAGCGCCAGCGCUGAUCCUUCUCACGACAAUGAUUAUGUUUCUAGUCUUUGGCCUCAUUACCAUCGUCGUCGGCGUUCUUGUGAUUCUGAUCAUGCCGGACAACCCUAUGAAGUCUAGUCUCACGCACGAUGAGAAGAUAUGGGCCAUCGAACGUCUACGCGAAAACAAGACCGGCGUCGAGAAUAAGCACUUCAAGGCGUAUCAAGUCUGGGAAUGCUUCAAAGAUCCUCAGACAUGGUUGAUCAGUCUCAUCACCAUCUCCUCGAAUGUCCCUAAUGGUGCACUGACAGGCAACUACCUCACCAACUGUAUCGGCUCUUCUUUACCCAUAUUAUACUCGUAUGCAGGAGCCAAUUUUGCGGGUCACACGAAGAAAGUCACGAUGAAUGCUAUUCUCCUCAUGUCUUUUUGUCUUGGUAAUAUCAUUGGGCCGUUGACCUUCCGUGACGCGGACAAGCCAGAUUACCUUCCAGCCAAGAUCACGAUUGUUGUAACGACGACCUUUGCUUGCUGUGUGACAGGCAUCCUGAUGGCGUACUACGUGUGGGAGAACAAAAGGCGAGACAAGCUCAUGGAAGGGGUAGAACAUAGAGAGAAUAGCGAGUUCUUCGACUUGACAGACAAGGAGAACUUGGAGUUUAGGUACCGAUGGUAG